UCGGUUUUAUUCAACAGUGUCUAUUUUUUUUUAUAAAUAUCAAAUAUUUAUCGCGUAUUUUUUUUAAACCGUGAAAAUUUUUUUUUUAAAUAUUUAAAAAUAUUUAAGUGAUUUUGUGUUUUCCCGCCAUUUUCAUAAAGUUUAAAAAUUUUCUAAUGGUCUAGUGUCUGUAAAAAUAAAAUAAAAUUUUGUUUUUUAUUUACUUUUUUUUAGUAUUAAUACACGUGUCACGUGAAGUUUAACGGAAGUGUGGGUCCUGCGGGGCCCAUUCAGGAUUUUAUUUUAAAAUUUAUAUUUCACGGACCAACUUACAAAAUACAAAUACGAAUGGUGAACGACGUGAUGAGUGAGUACGAGCGAAUCAAGCGGGCGUGCUUGAAACGCGGUGAACUGUGGGAGGAUCCUGAAUUUCCGGCAACUCAGGCGUCAGUUUUCUAUCAUCAAACACCGCCAUUUCAAUUUCAAUGGAAAAGACCAAAGGAACUGUGCAAUCGCCCAAUUUUCGUCAGCGAUACGCCCACGCAGUUUGAUGUAAUACCUGGCAAAAUGGGUAAAUGUGACAAAUGGCUCGUCUCAUGUUUAGGAGUACUACACCUCAGUAAAGGUUUAUUUUACCGAGUAGUACCAGCGGAUCAAGGAUUUGGUAACUCUGGUGAAGCAUCUGGAUCACCGACAACGGAGUAUGCGGGCGUCUUCCGUUUCCGUUUAUGGUGGUGUGGUGCAUGGGUUGAAGUACUGGUUGACGAUCGUCUACCAGCAGUUCAUGGUCGUCUUGCAUUUAUUCAGAGCCGUCAUAGUGAUCAAUUCUGGCCGGCGCUGCUGGAAAAAGCAUAUGCUAAAUUACACGGAUCAUAUGAAGCUCUCAAAUACGGAACGUUAUUAGACGGACUUUCUGAUCUCACUGGUGGUAUUACUGAAAGUAUUGCUAUUCGUCAAGAUCCAACUGGAUGUGGUAGAGCACUUGCUAAGCUUCUUGAUAUGACUUCACUAAUAACUUGUACAGUUAAUAACAAUAAUAACAACCAGCAACAGCAACAGCAAAUACGUACCAGUAAUGAAAAACUCGCUAAUGGAAUUCAAAUGGGUAUUAAUUACAGGCUUUACGCCAUCGAGAGGGUAGAAACAUUCGGAGGCGAAGCGAUACAAUUAGUUAAAUUACGUAACCCCCUAGGACCCGGUGGUGAAUAUAUCGGCGCAUGGGCCCGGGGUAGUCUCGAAUGGGACGAAGUUCCGAUCAUUGAAAGAGAUCGUCUCGCUGUCAGAAAUAUGGCCGAAGGUGAAUUUUGGAUAUCGUACUCAGAUUUUGUAAAAACUUUCACGCAUCUCGAAGUUGUGCAUCUUGAUGCUGAAACCUCAAGAGACGAGCCUUCAUUACACAGCAAACACACCUGGCAAAUGAAACUGUAUCAAGGUAGUUGGAGACGCGGCGUAACUGCCGGUGGAUGUCGAAAUAAUCAAGAAACGUUUCAUAUAAAUCCACAAUUACAUUUAAUUUUGAGUGAAAUGGAGGAAGUAAUUGUGUCCUUGAAUCAACAUUCAAUUAUGGAACCAAAGGUAAUUGGUUUCACGGCGUAUACAUUGCCAAAGAACAGCACGGAGUCAAUAAAUAGACAAUUUUUCAAGAAGAAUAAAUCACUUGUCAAUUCACAAUAUACAAAUAGUAGACAAGUGAGUCAUAGAUGUCUUCUUGAACAAGGCGGAUAUUUACUUAUACCGACAACUUUUGAACCUGGACAGGAAACCAAUUUUACAUUGAGGGUCUACAGCAGUAAACCACUUAAACUUAAGCUACUGGACACUGCCCCGACGUUAAUUAAAUCAGCGAUUGUUAAAGCUCCAGCUUUGGAAGGCAAAGGGUUCUCACAGUACGAAGCGGUAUUUCUUCAAUUAGCUGACGAGCAUAAGACUGUAAAUGCAUUUGAACUUCAAGAGUUACUUGAAGCUUGUCUCCCAAAUGAUUAUAUCAAAAGUUGUGCUUCUAUGGAAGUUUGUCGACAAGUUGUACUUACUAUGGAUAACUCGGGUAGCGGCAGACUUGAAUUUAAUGACUUCAAAGAUCUAAUGUGUAGUUUGAAAUACUGGCAAGCAGCUUUUAAAAAUCAUACAAAAGAAAGAACUGGUAUUCUCAAGGCUGAAAGACUACGUGACGCACUCAUAGAAGUUGGAUUUCAAUUAAAUACCGAAGUAUUAGCUGUUUUAAUUCUUAGAUAUAUGAGAAAAGAUGGAACUUUAAGAUUUGGUGAUUUUGUAUCUGCGAUUUUACAUCUAAGUGAUGCAUUUGCAAUCUUUGAAGGUAAAGAUCCAUUACAAAAUGGUAGUAUUAAAUUAAAUUUGUCUGAGUGGCUUAGAUCAUCAUUAAUGUGUUGAAAUACUUAAGCAAAUAAUACAAGAACAAAAGGAAUAAAAGGCAAUUCAUCUACAACUCAAUUACCGCAUCAUCAAUUAUUCAAAAUCCCAUUCAACAAAAAAAAAAAAAUGUAAAAUAAAAAAGUCGUUGAACAAUUUUUUGCUAAAAAUGUAAAUAAUAAUAAUUAUCAAUUAAUCGAUUAAGAAAUUCUCGCAAG